AUGUCCAACAGCAGCUUCCCCACGGAGUUCCUCUUGUUGGCAUUUGCAGACACACGCCAGCUGCAGCUCCUGCACUUUGGGCUCUUCCUGGGCAUCUACCUGGCUGCCCUCCUGGGCAACGGCCUCAUCCUCACCGCCAUAGCCUGCGACCACCGCCUCCACACCCCCAUGUACUUCUUCCUCCUCAACCUCUCCCUCCUCGACCUGGGCUCCAUCUCCACCAAUGUUCCCAAAGCCAUGGCCAAUUCCCUGUGGGAUACCAGGGCCAUUUCCCCCUAUGAAUGUGCUGCUCAGAUUUUUUUCUUUUUCAUUUCAGCAGAGUUUUCUAUUCUCACCAUCAUGGCCUAUGACCGCUACAUUGCCAUUUGCAAACCUCUGCACUACAGGACAAUAAUGGACAGCAGAACUUGUGUCAACAUGGCAGAGGCUGCCUGGGGCAGUGGUGUUCUCAAUGCUGUGCUGCACACUGUCAAUACCUUUUCCCUCCCCCUCUGCCAAGGCAAUGUUGUGGACCAGUUCUUUUGUGAAAUUCCCCAGAUCCUCAAGCUGUCUUGCUCUGAUGCCUACCUCAGAGAAGUUGGGCUUCUUGUGGUUAGUGCCUGCUUAGCAUUUGGAUGUUUUCUUUAUGUUCUGCUCUCCUAUGUGCAGAUCUUCAGGGCAGUGCUGAGGAUCCCCUCACAGCAGGGACAGCACAAAGCUUUUUCCACAUGCCUCCCUCACCUGGCUGCGUUCUCCCUGUUCAUCAGCACUGGAUUAUUUGCUUAUCUGAAGCCCCCCUCUGUAUCCUCCUCCUUCCUGAAUCUUUUGCUGGCAGUUUUGUAUUCAGUGGUGCCUCCAGCAGUGAACCCCCUCAUCUACAGCAUGAGGAACAAAGAGCUGAAGGAUGCAGUGUGCGAAUUGGUAACUGGAUAUUUUCAGAACCAAUAA